AUGAUCACGCCCAUUUCGCCGUCUUCCACAACCUCCCCUCCCGACGUCGCUAUGGCAGCCGACGCCACUGCCGCCUCCGCCUCCGCCCCACACAACGCCGCCGCCGCAGCAGCAGCAGCAGCUCCUCCGACCGAUAAUUCUAAUUGUGAUGGCCAGAAGCCUAGUUGUAGCACUUGCACAAGACUGGGACAUGACUGCGCCUACGAUGAAGUGCGGAGGAAGAGCGGCCCCAAGAGGGGGUACGUCAAAGCAUUGGAGGAGCGGUUGAAACAAGUCGAGACUCUCUUGAAAACACAAGAUCUCCCAGCGACCACCGCAACCUCGGCGUCCAGCAUACCUGUGAUCUCCCCCUCAGGUGGGCCCCCUUCACAGGCCGACCAGGCAGCCGCCGCGACGGCGGCAGCGACUGCCAACAUAAAGAUUAGCGACCCUGCCAUAAGCAUAGCUCAAAGUCGAGAUAUGGACCGUUGGAACUAUACAUCAGAGUCGCCGCCUCAGCCGGGUUCUAUAGACGAGUUCAACUUCAACAGCAGAAUGGCCGCAAACAUGGGUGAUGAUGGUUCCAACUUUACCUGGGAGAUGGUUGGACUAGGGCUGGAAGAGCCCCUGCCUCCACAAGAUACGAUCGAUGAGCUGCAUCAAAUAUACUUUGAAAAGAUACACCCUUCCAUGCCCAUGAUACAUAGGUAUCGGUAUCUUGCCGCAAUGAAUCUGGCUCCCAGCAAUAGGCCACCCGUAUGUCUGCGCUAUGCCAUUUGGACUCUGGCCUGCUCAGUAGCAGACAAGUAUGAUGGUCUCAAGGACCUUUUUUACCAGCGUUCCCGCAAGUAUAUCGAGGCCGACUACAUGAAGGGCUUCGGCGAGCAUAUCAUAUGUGUGGCGCACACACAAACACAUACGUUGCUCGCUUCAUACGAGCUCAAGAUGAUGUACUUUCCGAGAGCGUGGAUGAGCACCGGUGCCGCGGUGCGGCUGUCGCAGAUGAUUGGUCUUCACAGGCUUGAUGGGGCAGGGCUCGACGUCAAGCAAUGUCUGCCGCCCCCGCGGGACUGGACAGAACGGGAAGAAAGGCGGCGGACCUUUUGGAUGGCCUUUGCCCAGGAUCGAUAUUCUAGUAUCGGGACCGGCUGGCCCAUGACCAUCGACGAGAAGGACAUUUUGACGAAUCUGCCGGCUUCAGAUGAAGCGUUCGACAUGAGCCGCCCGGAGCAGACCAUGACCCUAAACGAAGCAAUGAGUCCCUCAGGGGCGGCCAAACUGAAUUCGUUUGGUGGCAUCAUCUUAAUGGCCUCCCUGUUCGGCCGCAAUCUUACUCACCUUCACCGGCCCGACGAGGAAGACAACGACCAUGAUUUGAAUGGAGAAUUCUGGAAAAGACACAGGGCGAUGGAUAACAUUCUGCUCAAUACGUCACUGUGUCUGCCGCCGCACCUCAAGCUCCCAGCAGGGUUGCAGAAUCCGAACGUGGUGUACACAAACAUGUGUAUACAUACCUCUACGAUCUGUCUGCACCAAGCUGCUAUUUUCAAGUCGGAAAAGAACCGACUACCGCCAUCUGUGGGUGCCGAAAGCAAAGUCCGCUGCAUCACUGCCGCCAACGAAAUAGCGAGCAUCAUGCGGAUGGUGUCACACAUGGACUUGUCUGCGCUGGAUGUGGACUUGGAGGCUUUGAUGGCGCGGGUACCCAAGCUCAAGGGCCAAUUCACGCGGAGUGCUGAGAGCACCACAUCCGGAUCUCAGCCUAUGAACAAAUUUCGGCAUGGGGCCAACUGCGAGGAAGGCCCUGCAGAGCACGGAAUCCUUGCCUAUAAAAACGACUGCUUCGUCUUCAAGGCCGGUCCAGAAGAUACCGGCAACCCGGCCGAAGGGCCGGAUCUUGUCGCCGACGAACCAAGCCGGGACCGCGUGUGGAUGACGACGGCCGACGUUCAUAUCAUGCAGCCCCCGCGGACCCGGGAAAGCGGUCAGAGCAAUUCGAGCACCAGCGGGCACGUACCGGUCAUCAGUCUGACGCCGAACUCGCCGCGGCUGUACAAUGCCAGCAACGAGUCCAGCAUGUCCUUUGGGCAAGGUGACGAGCCUGAGAACUCGCCUAACCAGGGAUCAAAUCACCAAACUCCAAACUCGGGCGGCACGCCGAGCGAGCAACACCAUCAGCAGUCGCAACGGCAAAGGGCAGGGAGCUUUGCGCCGACUAGCCAGUGUUCUUAUGAUGCAAGCCCUAUCAUGACGGACCAGGCAGCGCCGCCGGGAUUUUUUGGUACGCCAGCGCACAACUUUGCGGCACUGGCGGCGGGGAUAUCUAUAGGGGGUACCGGCAGUGGACCGGACAGUUUUGGAGUGUCUUCUGGCUGGGGGAUGCCAGCGACAACUGGACAACAUCAAAAUCAGCAGCAGCAGCAACAACAACAACAGCAGCAACAGCAGCAGCGGCAGCGGCAGCAGUCGCAACAGCAGCAGCAACACACGAGUAUGCCCAUCUCGGACGGGGUUUUGCGGAAUUUGGUGCAGAUGGCCCCUAUGGAAACGAUGGAUUUUGGGUGGGAUGCAAAUUCUUCGACUUUAUGA